AUGGCUUGCAUUCGCGGUAUGGCCAACCGAGGUCGCCUCGACGCCAAGUGCCCCAACCGGAAACUCCACGGUGGUCAGUGGCAUCCCAUGGAUGCGCGUGGGUUCACGCGCAACCUGCAUCGUCAACUUGUCCGGAACCGAAAUGAGGGUUUUGAGCCUCUACACAUUCGUGGUCGGACUGGGUAUCUCCUAAAAGCAACUCUAUUGUCUCACGGGUAUACCGUGAUUAUCAAAGCCACAACGGAGAAGGAAAAUGCCCUUAUAGCAGAAACAGAUAACUAUCGCCGCCUCCGUACCUUGCAAGGGCAUCAAAUCCCGGUCUGUCUAGGCAGCUUUGUGCCAAACAUCGACUAUUGGUACCAUGGUGAAAUAAUGACGCAUAUGAUGAUCCUAAGUUGGUCUGGAACUCGUCUUCAGCGAAUAAUCAACAACGAAAAUUCAGCCUUCUUCCACGAAGAGCGCAAUCGUUGCCUGUCCAUCCUCCAGUCACACGGAGUCGACCACAAAGACAAAGAGUGGCGUAAUAUGCUAUGGGACGAAUCCACCCAGCGGUUGGUUAUCAUUGAUUUGGAGGACGUGGAGUGGCUCAAGCAGCCUAAGCGGCCUCGGGCUCUUCAACCAACAUCGGGCAAUUUAUGUCAUCAUGCCGCGAGGGCGCCGAGAAAUAAACGAAGGCGCCUUCCCAGUCUGCCUGCUGCCUGCAACUCGUGA